GGAGCCACAAUCGCGUAUGCGCUAAACGUUGAUCUUUUUGGUCCUCGCUGCGCUCCGUAGCACGCAGUUGAUUCAACAACGUGCAAGUAGGAAAGUGAGGACUUUUGGUUUGAACAAUUUUAACAGCAGCAGCUAGAGACUCAACGAAUCAACAAUCAUGGCAGAAAAUCAAGAGAUGUCUCCAAUUGAGAUGAAAGUGGCCCGACAAAUUGAGUACUACUUUGGGGAUCACAAUCUUCCAAGAGACAAGUUUCUCAAAGAACAAAUACAACUUGAUGAUGGCUGGGUCACUUUGGAGACGAUGCUUAAAUUCAACAGACUGAAGUCUUUAACCACAGACAGCAGCGUCAUCGUUACAGCUCUCCAGAAAUCAAAGACGGGUCUCUUGGAAAUCAGCGAAGAUAAGACUAAAGUCAGGAGAUCUCCAAACAAACCCUUACCUGAACAGAAUGAUGACUACAAAGACGCCCUGAAGCACAAAUCUGUGUACAUUAAAGGUUUUCCUCUUGAAACCACCCUCGAUGAGGUUCAGGAGUGGCUGAACGGGAAAGGAACCAUAGAAAACAUUCAGAUGAGGAGAAAUCUGCAAAGGCAGUUCAAGGGAUCAGUGUUCAUCUGUUUUGACACAGAAGAGUCCUCAAAGCAGUUCCUCGAGCGUGAAGACAUAAAAUCUUACAAAGACAAUGAGAUGCUUGUGUUGUCAAGGGAAGCGUACCAUGCAAAGAAAGCAGAGGAGAGAAAAAACUUCAAAACAGAGUCAAAAGCAAAGGCUAGACAAGACAAAGAAGAAAAGCAGAAAAAUGCAGAGGAAAAAGAAAUGGGCGCACUCUUGGAUGAACAGACUGGAUGCUUGCUGAAGUUUUCAGGAGAGCUUGAAGAUGUCUCCAGAGAGGACUUUCAUGAACUGUUCUCUGGGCACGGAAAGAUAAAGUGGGUCGAUUUUACAAGAGGGGCCAAAGAGGGGACUCUCCUUUUUGAUGGGAACGCAAAGGAGGCAUUUGAAAAGGCCAAAGAGGCAAACGGAGGAGAGUUAAAAAUCAAGGACAACAGCGUUGAGUGGCAGGUGCUCGAGGGAGAGGAGGAGAAAGAGGAGCUGAAGAAGAUCAUCGAAGCUCAACAGGAGUCGUACAAUAGGAAACAAGGAAGAGGCGGCAGAGGAAGAGGAGGCGGCAGAGGAAGAGGAGGCCGAAGGGGAAGAGGUGGCAGGGAUCAAGGAAGAAAUCAGUUUAAGGGCAAAAAGACGAAAUUUGAAAGUGAUGAUGAAGAUGAUGAACCUACAGCCCAGAAGAGAGAACUAGAGGAUGCUGAUGGUCCUGCAGCUAAAGUUGCCAAAACUGAGAAUGGAUCGUAGUCAAAAGGCUGCACCCAUAGUUUCUUUUUUGAAAACCUUUAUUAAAAACAGUGAAAAUACAGAGGCGACUUAAUCCAUUCCAGUGAAACUGUCAGGCUGUGGAAAACCGUAAGAAGUCCACCUGGAUGUCAACCUAGAGAAGACCGGCAAAGCAUCUCAUGAGUUUUCAGCCUUUUAAGUCCCUGUAUGUCGUUGUGCCUCUCAUAUCAGUUGUGUGACUAUUUUUCGUUCUUAAGAUACUUUUGAUUUUAUCAACAUAAUUCUGUUCUUUGACGGUAAUUUAAUUUAACCUAUACACAUAGUUGAUUCUGUAAGACCAGUGAUCUCUAGAAUCUGCGUCAUUUGUUUUCUUGUAGAUAUCUGACAUUGAAUUAUGAGAACAUCUGCUUUGCUAUUUUUUUAAGUUUGCAUAUGUGAAUAGCAAAUAAAACCAUUUAUAAAAAUCAA